AUGAGGCGCGAUACAAACUUUGCCGCUGAAUAUAAGCGCAUCAUGAAUUCCUACGUCGCGAAGAACUACGCAAGAAAGCUGUCGCCAGAAGAAGCCGCUUUAACUAACGAUAGGACAUGGUACUUGCCUCACUUCGCCGUCAGCAAUCCCAACAAGGCAGGAGCAAUAGGCGUGUGUGGUGACAUCAAAGAGAUGUUCCACCAGGUGCUGGUUCAACGUGACGAUAGACGUGCGCAACGAUUUCUUUGGCGCAAUGGUGAUACCACCAGACAGCCCGAAGUGUAUGAGAUGCGCGUAAUGACCUUUGGAGCAGCAUGUUCGCCUUGCGCCGCCAACUAUGUGAAGAAGAUCAACGCGUUAGAGUAUCGCAAAAAAGUCAGUGGUGCUGUCCGAGCCGUGAAAUCGAUACUGGACUACCAUUAUGUCGAUGACUAUGUCGAUAGCUUCGACACAGAAGAAGAAGCAGCUGACAUCACGAAACAAGUUCGAGCAAUACACAAGAUGGCCGGUUUCGAUCUUUGCAAUUUCGCGUCGAACUCGUCAAGAGUGACAGAAGCCCUUGGUGGCGACGGAGCUACCCGUCAAAUAGCCAAAAAGGAAGGAGUACUGGUGGAAAGAGUUCUCGGUUUGUUUUGGCAGGCAUCGACCGACACCUUUGGAUUUAAACUGAAGUUCAACAACGUAGAAUCCAGCGUAUUGAACGGAAUGCGCCGUCCGACAAAGCGUGAACUCCUCAGCGUGGUCAUGUCCAUCUUCGACCCGCUGGGAUUUCUGAGCAAUUUUGUAGUGAGUGCUAAGAUACUCAUGCGGGAGGUGUGGAAGCAUGACAUCCGGUGGGACGAACCAUUGCCAAACAACGUAAACGCCGCAUGGGAAUGCUGGCGUAAGCAACUUUCAACGGUCGCCGAAUAUGUCGUUCCUCGGUACUAUUUUCUAAACGGCAAACCUAAAGCUCUGCAGCUCCAUGUCUUCGUCGACGGUAGCGAGGAUGCCUUUGCUGCGGUGGCCUACUGGAGGUCAACCAAUGCCGUCGGUGAGGUGGAAGUCGCAUUUAUCUCCGCAAAAACCAAAUGCGCGCCGAUGAACUCUUUGACGGUGCCUCGAUUGGAGCUUCAGGCAGCCGUGCUGGGUACGCGUUUAAUGAGCUGCGUCCGGGAGGAACACUCCUUGGACAUUGAUGACUGCAUCAUUUGGAGUGACUCCAAAACGGUAAUCCAGUGGCUUCGCAGCGAACAUCGGCGCUAUAAGCCAUUUGUGCAGCAUCGGAUCGCCGAGAUAUUAGCCCCAACUACUACCGCAAAUUGGAGAUGGCUACCUACCCAGGACAAUGUCGCCGAUGAGGCCACUCGAGCUAAUAACUUUAUCGACUUCAGCUCAUCUGCACGUUGGACCUGCGGCCCACCAUUCUUGUUACGAGAAGAGCAGGCUUGGCCGUCAGAGGGCUUCACAUGCAAUCAUCAUGAGGAAGCGGACAAGGAACUUCGCCCUAAAUUCGCCCUUGCGAUCCAAACUGGUGAGGACGACAGCAUGGGUCCUGAGAUUCAUUGA